GUCGGUGACGGGGUCGAUCGGGAGCGGCGCAUCCGGGUCCGGUAGCCGCCACGCCCCGCUGCGCCUGGCGGCCUCACCCCGAGCCUUUCCGAAGAGCUCCUGGAGGUCUCAGCGCCGUCCUGGUGCGCGCUGGGGGCCACUGCCACCGGAAGAUGCUGUGCCCGGUAACGCCGCCAGCGCCAGGCCGAGCUGGCAGUGUCGCCCCUGCUCGACAGUUCUCAAGCAGCGACUGGACCAAAGGGAACUUGAGGCAGAAGCCCCUCUUCUGUUGCUGUUGCAUUUGUUUUCGAGACUGUGGUUACCUGCUUCGUGGUGCUUGCAGCAGUACCUCUACACCAGCAGACGGUGACUUCCAGGGGCAUCGCUCUGCUUCGCUUAAGGAGGUUCUAUAAUGAUGAUAUAAUCAGGAUCUGCUGUUACUUAUUUACCUAGAGAAUUUCCUGUUUUGAUCUGAUCCUGUUUCCUGAAAGAGAUGAAAAAAGGACCAGAAGCCGGAGCUUGUCCCCUUGCCAUUCCAGGCAAUUUAGUGGAGUCAAAUCCAGACAAUAACAGCAGUGAUGGAGCUUCAGCAAAAGAGAAAGACACGCUUUCCUCUUCUGGAGAACUGGAAAAUGUACAGCUGAAACCUAACAGAGAAACAUCCAGAAAAAAGCUCUGUGGCUAUUUAAAUAAGCUGGGCAUCAAGGGGCCAAUCAAGACCUGGAAGUCUCGCUGGUUCUUUUACGAUGAAAACAAAUGUAACUUACUAUAUUACAGAACUGCACAGGACAUCAACCCUUUGGGGUCUAUCGAUCUCUCCAAUGCCAGUUUUGACUGCAAGGUGGAAAACGGGGAAGGGGUUUUUGAGAUCAGAACACCAAGCAGAGUUUUUACUUUGAAGGCAAUCAGCAAACAGGCAAUGAUGUACUGGCUGCAGCAGCUACAAAUGAGACGCUGGGAAUUUUGCAACGCUCAGAGCAGAUUUCCUGUGGGCAGCUCCCAGCUUGUGAAUGAACCUCUGGCUGGCAGAACAAAUGUUGUUUACAAUGAAGACUUCCUGCCUCCAGUGAAAACACCAACAGAAGCAGUGGGUUUAAAGGCAGCAUCUUUGCCUGCACCCCAAACAUCUACUGCUUUGCAGAACAUCUCCCUUAAGCACCCUUGGACAGAGAUACAAAACACUGUUUACAAUAUCUGUGGCUCCAAGCAGCUCUGGGGGAACAACGGGAAUGUCUUUAGCUUCAGUGACUUCCAGGAGCAUCCUGAGGACCCAGAUGAGCAGCAAAAGGCAGAAGUGGAGGCCCGGUGUGCAGUAAAGGAGGGGAUCCCAGAGGAGGCAAAGGCGGAGUCCAGGCUGAACUGGGUUAGGAAAGCCAGGUGGAUGAACAGUGGCUUCCUAGGCUUACCUGAAGAGCUGUCCAGGGAGAGGAACCCAAUGGAUAAAGUGAGUGUUCUUCAGCAACAGAUCCUGACACUCACAGAGGAAGUCAAGUCGCAGAAGGAGCUGGUUAAACUUCUCCACAAAGCUCUGGAGGCAGCUCAGCAGGAGAAAAGAGUAUCUAACAUGUAUCUCACUGCAGCAGAAGAUAAGGACAGGCUGGAGCUGGUGCGCCACAAAGUGAGACAAAUUGCAGAUCUCACCAGUCGACUGGAAGCUCUUGAGCAAGAAAAGAAGGAGCUGGAGCAGACACUAACUCUGAGAGAAAGCCACAUCCAGGAACUCAAGGAGCACAUGCAGCUUCUGAUGGAGAAGAACCACGCCAAACAGGAAGUCAUCAUGGCCUUGACAGAGCAGAUGGCCCGAGAGCUCUCUGACUCCCUGCAAGAAGCCAACACUAUCACUGCAGAGACAUUGUAUAAGCAGCAGGAGGAGAUUGAGCACCUGAAGGAUGAUAUUGAUGCAUACAAAACCCAGAACCAAUUUCUCAACUCGGAGAUCCAUCAGGUUACUAGACUCUGGACAAGAGUUGCUGAGAAUGAAAAAGCCCUUCUCAUGAAGUGUGCCUGUUUGCAAGCACGAAACUGCCAGAUGGAGAGCAAAUACCUGACAGUUCUGCGGAAGCUGCAGGAGGCUGUGCCUGACCUGCCCAGCUCCCAUGCCGAGUUGGUGAGGAACCUCAUUCAGGAAGCACUCCAGUGGGAUGUGAAGAAAGAAGCAGAAGAAGGUUUUAACCUGAACCCUGUAAGUGAGUAUGAUGAGUAUGGAUUUAUGACUGUACCAGACUAUGAAGUUGAGGACUGGAAGCUUCUGGCCAAAAUCCAAGCCCUGGAGAUAAAGUCCAACAACCUGUGGAGCCAGGAAGUAGUGGAGAAGCCCCUCCGUGACAGGUGGAAUGGCGUUGGAGAGCUGAGCCCCUCUGCAGAGCUGAAGAGCCUGAUCCGAAGUGGCAUUCCAGUGGAGCAUCGGCAACGGGUCUGGAGGUGGAUUAUCAGCCGGCGCUGCAGCCAUUUGCCUGGCCACUACCAGCGGCUGUUACGGCAGAGCGAGAGCACCGAGCACCCUGCCUGCCGGCAGAUCGAGCUUGACCUGCCCCGCACACUGACCAACAACAAGCAUUUUUCCUCUCCCACCUCCCAGCUCAUCCCUAAACUCCGGAGGGUGUUGCUGGCAUUCUCCUGGCACAAUCCUACCAUUGGAUACUGCCAGGGGCUGAACAGAUUGGCAGCUGUUGCUCUCCUGGUCCUGGAAGAUGAGGAAAGUGCUUUUUGGUGCCUAGUUCAUAUUGUGGAGAACCUAAUGCCAGCAGACUACUACAGUGACACACUGAUAACCUCACAGGUAGAUCAGAGAGUCUUCAAAGACUUCCUGUCAGAGAAGCUGCCUCGCCUCAUGGCUCAUUUUGAGCAGUAUCGGAUUGAUGUCUCACUCAUCACCUUCAACUGGUUUCUGGUGGCCUUUGUGGACAGCCUGGUCAGCGACAUCCUCCUACGAGUGUGGGAUGCCUUCUUGUAUGAAGGAACUAAGGUGAUUUUCCGCUAUGCUCUUGCGAUUUUUAAAUACAACGAGGAGGAAAUCCUAAGAAUUCAUGACAGUGUGGAGAUCUACCAGUAUCUACGCUUUUUCACAAGAAUGAUCACGGAUGGCAGGAAGCUGAUGAACAUUGCCUUCAAUGACUUAAACCCCUUCCCCAUGAAACUGCUGAGGAACCGGCGGUCAAUGCACCGGGAAGAGCUGGAGGCAGAGCUGUGUGAGCUGGAACAGAUCAAAGCAGCCUACGUAAAAGAGAGAGCAGAGCAGGCGCCUCAGGACCUGAAGGAGUUUGUUAGUGAAGAGGAAGAUGAGAUUUAACAAAAACAGAAUUCCUCAUCUCUUCCCUCCCACCUUGCAGAAGGUCUUCAAUAGCAACUGUCUGUUAGAGAUGGAGCAGAGGAGGAAAGGUGGUCACAGCAGGAGUUCAUCUGCCCCAGGAAGCAAGGCUGUACGUAUAAGACCUUUUGGGUACUAAGCCAGACUUUGUAAUGGUUUGGAAGGUGUCAAAGGAAUUUUAUCCUCUUCUGUACUUCUCCCCAUUCAGCCCAACUUGUUCCGUGUGGCUCAGGCUUACAGCUGAAGGUCCAUAGGAAAUAGCAGUUGUGGUUCUAUGACAGAAGUUGACAUGGUGCAAAAGACCCAGCCAGGCAGGACUAUUCUGUCUUUUCUGGUGACAGCUUGAAACAGAUCUUUAUGUACAAGUAAAAUCACCAGAAAUAAUGAACCGAGAGCACUCCCUUGUUAGUACCCAAAGCUUCUGAACCUGUGAGGAAGAAAACCUUCUCUUUGAAGAUAUGGUGCCUUCAGUGGCUAGCCUGCCAGGGGAGUGUCUGUUUAAUAUUGCAGUUACUGGGUCAUGACACUGUUUCCAGAUGAAUGUUGGACAUCUUCCCAUUGGGCUCAGGCUGGGCCACAUAAAGUGGGUUGUGGGAAAGCAGAGCUUCUUCUCCAAUUUAUUUUUGUUCCUGGGGAAGUCCAUAGGAGCACAAUUUGUGUCUUCGUGCCUGGCUGGGAAAUACUGGGAGCUACCUCUCCUCUUUGUUUAGCUUUGAGCAAAGCUACUAUGGGUUGGCUUGACCCAGGCAGCUCUGUGCCUUCCGGAGGUGAGUUCGCUUCAGAGAGGAGCUCUCCUCUCAGUGUUAAACCGACUGUAGUCUGGCUGCAGGUAGGGCCUAAUGUUACGGAGACUGACUACUGGGGACACCUGGGUCUUCUGAUCAUCUCACACUUGGCCAGGAUGAGUGUGUGGCCGUCUGUCUCUGCCUCAGAGUUCUGUUCGUCCUGUGCUGGGCUUCUACAUUGAUAUCUCUGUCUCCGACUCUCCUUCACAAUGGGAAGGAGGAGGUCUUUUCUGUAAAAGUUUCCUAUAUUUCCUAUAUUGAAGUUGUUUGACCCAUGGAAUAUGGCACUCUGCCACCUGCAAGCCACUUUGACUAGGUCACAAAAGAUGGCUUAGAAAAUCCAUUAUUUUCCUGUGAACCAAGGAGUUGGCCUUCAUGGGUCCAGCACACAGAGAUGCCUGGCCUGCCUCUGAGAAUGGGGUCUGGCAGCUUUCUUCCCUGCCUCCCAAGCUUGCCUUUCCUCUGGGCUGGAUGCCAUGCCUGCGCAGCUCAGUCCUCCACAGACCCCCCUGAGUCAAGUGCUUCAAAUAAAUACAACUUCUUCCUAACAUGCUGCCAGAUCCUCCUGCCCCACUUCCCUGCUGAGUGGUGCUUUAUUCCAGGUAUGCCUGCAGUGCUGGCAUGGACACUGUGCAGCAGAUCUCACUCUAAGUGGGGUUCUGCUCUACAUUUUUAGACUGACCUUGAACCCAGUGGAUGCUGCCUCCUUUAAUCCUGUUGUGGUAUGAAGUUGUCUGCUUGCAGAGGAAGGGAAAGAAGAGUUUCAUAGACCGUACCACUCUCAGCCAGGUGAACUGUAGCCAAGAUCAUAUACUAGUGAAAAGAGCAACAGCCCCUACUCACCUGAGACAUCUGGUUUGCCUCAGCCCUGUCUUUGGCACAACUGGAUAAAUCAGCCUGUUUCAAACAAGCAUAAAAGUUUGAGUUGUGGAGAGAGCUGUGGAGGCCAGCCACACAGUACAGAAGUAAUCAAAGCAGAAAUGAGGUUUUGAGAAGAGCAGAUAGAUGACCCAAGAGUGAGGUGGGUCCCCUGCAUGUCACUGAUAGCUGCACACAUUCAAAGUGUGGGAUGAGAAGAACCAGUCUUACCACACUAUCUCAGAAAAAUGCAUUGCUUUUAAAGUGAUGCCAUCUAGCUACAGAAGCUCAAAAGGCAGAAGUUUUGUUUUUAACAGAUGAUGUUGCUAAUUAAUUUACUCAUGCUGUUACGUGAAUGGGUGCACACAAAUACAGAUUUUUGCUACUGUUAUAGACUUUUGAAAGGCAUUAUCUUAAACCAAUACCAUGGAAAUUGGAUGUAUACUUAAAAUUGUAUUUUUCCUAGAGCUUAAAAAUAUUUCCUUCCAUCUUGCCCUUAUAUUUUUUAAAAAAGGCAUUUGAAACAUGCAUUAUUAAACCAAACCAUAGCCUGAUGUAUGUCUACAGUAUGAAUAAACAUUGGUCUAUGUAGUAUAUAAUGACCCACUAAAAAUAAACUUUUCUGAAGAAGA